AUAUAAAUCCCUGGAUUUGCUGGUAAUUGUUUUUUUUGAACAUUAUGAAGGCACCUGUUAUAAACAUUGAAACACAGCGGAAUCAGCUUUUGCCAGACCCCAAUUAAGCCCGGACACCUGGUAAAUCGAAUAAAACACCCGGGCCCGAUCCAUUUGUAUUCUUACCUGUUUAAAAUAUGCCAGUUAAUUCGGAUGAAAAUCUGGGUAAAAUGCACCGUGAGUUGCUCACUUCUGUGUGUCGAGCCUUCAACCAUGAGGGACUCCACACUAUGACCACUGGAACCUCUGCACAUCAGGUGAAUCCGUGCAGAUUCAUUGGCUUUUCCGUACUUCAUCUGCUUUCUGGUAAAGACCUACUGUAAUCAAGAAUCUGGCCGCACAUCUAUGCAAACUUGCCCACCUCUUUGCAAGGAUGAGUGGGUGCCAUGAGCUUGAGCUCCUAAAAAGGGAAAAGGGGUUCGUUCUGGAUGGCAUUGCCACCAGUUUCCUGGCACAGGGCUACAACAAGGUCAACCCCAAACUCAGCGACGUGAUUCCCCCUUACAACCCUCAGAAGGAUCCCUACGCCAAGAACAGAUUUGAAAGCAAAGAAAUGAGGGAGUUCCUCAAGAAAACGAACCAGAUGGAUGGCGGUUCUUCAAGCGGUGGUUGGGUGGUGGAUUAUUUUUAUAAGUAUGGGCCGGUUCAGUUCUAUUUGGCCAAGAGAAACGCGGCUGGAGCAGGUCACUCCUUUGAAGCGAUAGGUGCCCACCGUCAAUAUCUGUCAGAUGUUAAACCUAUGGUUGGAUACAGUGGAAGAUUUGGAUAUAGAAGAACAACACCUUGGCUGAGGGAAAAGUCAUCUUCAUUUGGAGAGGUCACCAACCUUUCACUGUACUAACACCCCUGCAAAUAGUGAAGACGUUUUGGACUCGGGUAUUUUCAAAGCAGGCAGGGACUUUAUUGUGGUGCGUUACUUGGAGACGAACGGAUCAUGAAUCUUUCACCAUGACUCGAAAUCAGGACAACGGCAAUCUGAUCUGUAUGACAACAACAACUUGCAUUUAUGCAGCACACAGCCAAUCUGCUUUUUCGUCCAGUAAAACCUGAUGACAAUCACAAAAUGUUUUUCCAGUUCCCUUGUCCGUAAAGUUAUAUUUUGCACAUCAACCGCUUGAACUGUUUCUCUGUAGGAACCAGAAAAAUAUGCCUGUUGCGUGAUAAUUUUCCGACUGCACACUUUCCUUCUGGUAUCGACUUCACAUGUAUUCUGUUUAAUUGUGUACAUUUGGAAUGAUGGUCCAUUGAUUUGUUCAGCUCUCCCGUCCAUGGUGUUGGGGUGGAAGAAGGGGGAGGAUGACAAGGCGGCUUUUCCGACUUUAUUUUUAAAAUAAUAUUCUACUAUGCAGUGUAACGAUUUUGUAUUAUAUCAGUGCUGACACAGGAGUAAGAAGAGCUUUUAGCAAAAGCGCAGGCGUUUGACAAAACAUGACUGCAAUAUUGCCCUGUUUGCUCUGCACCAGAAGGAAAGUAAAACAGGUCGGUUUAACUGCUCAAAAAUAAACUUCACGGCACUUUAUCUUUUUAA